CGGUCGCCGCUCAUCGUCCGUCCCUGGUCGCUCUUCGACGAUCACUGGUCGUUCGUCGCUGGGCUCGGGACGUCCGUUGCUCUGAUCGCAGCUCUACCAACAUGUCGGUCACCAGUGGUAUGGUUCUGCUGGGCGUCGCGCUCAUAUGCCUGCAACUGAGUGCCCCUGCUGACUGUCACAACCAGGUGCGGGGCUGCCCCGAUGGCUGGGAGGGACCGCACCGGGGCUUCUGCUACAAGCUGAGCGACACGACGCAGAGCUGGUCAGACGCCAACGCCACCGGGUGCCAGAGCCUGGCUGCCGGCGCCCACCUGGCUUCCAUCACCUACAGCAACAAGGCCUUCCUGAGCAAUAGACACUCUCUGUAUGAAGCCAGCUACUUCUGGGUUGGCCUGCACGCCGGAGACGACAAGUGGAACGCCGGUACUCUGGCCGAGGAGGACGUGGACUUUACCAACUGGGAGACGCUGGUGCACCAGGAGCCUAGCGGUUCCGUCAUCACAAACGACAACUGCGUGCUCAUGGUGGGCCCCACCGCCACCGGAGAGUAUCAGAAAGGCGCCUGGCUCGACUGGUCGUGCAACGGCACUUUUUACUCCCUCUGCGCAUUCGAACGGGACGACUCGAGUGCCGCGUGCCCCCACGACUGGUUUCUCUACGACAACGCCUGCUACAUGCUUCAGGAUCAGAGGAUGACCUUUACCGAGGCAAAUGAUUUCUGCUCCUCACUUGUCGCCACCGCCUCUCUGGCCAAGGUCACCAACUAUGAGGAGCUGGCUGCCAACGUGCCUCUGAAAGACGCCUAUUUCUUCUGGAUCGGUCUUCACUCGACGCCGACUGUGGACGGAAAACUGCUGUGGGAUAACGGUGACGAUGCGGAGCCGACCAACUGGCUGAAACUCUCCUACUCCGAGCCAGACGGCGACGACAUCGGACCUGGGAACGACUGUGUCAUGGUCAAUGGUCUGGAGAAGGAUGAACUGUUCUCGACUGGCGAGUGGGGCGACUAUGACUGUAGCUACGAGUCCCAGUUUCUCUGCGCCCUGAAGAUCUGAAGGAGUUGAUACCCGUGCUGAAGAGGAUCGGUCGCGGUUCUGUCAAGAGGUAUCUGAUUUUUAAUGUUCUGCAGUGAGCUGAGAAUUUGAAAAGGACGACCUAGGCCCCAUCCAAAAAGUCCUCAGUCUCAAAAAGUCAAAGCAUGUGAGCUAUCUUUCUGUCAAAAGUCAGCUAUCGACUGAGAGAAUGGUGAUAGUUUCUCUAAUCAGCCUCUUGAUGUCAUGACGUACCUACCUACCUACCUAACGCGGACCUCUUUGUGUGCCCCUGAAUGGAACUGGUUUGUGUGUGCGGAUAACUUAGGUAUAUAUUUUAUGUUGUGAAAUAUAUCAUAUUUUUGUGUGCUGUGGGACGUCAGUAUUAUAACUAGGACCUUCGCGUAAAUAUUAUUUAACUGUUGAAUUUUAUAUUCUCGUUGGUUCAGAAAAAAACGUUCUAAACCCGGAAUUAAAAAUCAAGAGGUGUUUAAUGGCUGUUUUACGGUGUUCACUGUUUAUGUGUUGAUUUGGAAAAUAUAAAAAUGUAUAUUUUAA